AUGAGCGACAUCGCCAGCCUCGAGGCGGACGUUCGGCAGUACCAAGAACAGGUCGAUGUUGUCAACGGCGGACUUCGAGAUGACCCCGGCAACGAGGAGCUCCUGGCUCUCAAGGCCGAGCUCGACGAGGCCAUCAACCUCCUCCGCGAAACCAUCAACGAGAUGCGCCCGGCCAAGCCGGCGCCCAGAGCCCGAGAACCAUCCCCGCCGCCCGUAAAGGAGAAGUGGUCGCGCGAGAACCACCCGGCGUUCAAGAAGGCCGCGCCACCGCCACCACCAGAGGAGAAGGAGUCUGCUGUGGACUCUGCGCCCGUGUCGUACCAGGUCAACGACACCGUCAUGGCCAAGUGGGUGUCUGGUGACAAGGCCUUCUACCCUGCGCGUAUCACGUCCAUCACUGGCUCCUCCACAGACCCGAUCUACAUCGUCAAGUUUAAGAGCUACGACGAAUCUGACCAGGUGCGCGGCAAAGACAUCCGACCUAUUGCAACCAAGCGCAAAGCAGACGCCACACCCGAUAAUGCCGCCUCGCCGUUCACCGCGCCCACAGCCAGCUCCCAUACCCCAGUACCGGCGGUCUCAACAUCCUCCGGAGUGGCUUCUUCGUCGGGCAACUUGGGUGUCAUCUCGGCAGCGCCCAGCAUCGAUCUCGAUCUCGCAAAGAAGAGCCGUGAGGCAGCAGACCAGAACGCCGCGGACGCGAAGCCCAAGGCCAAGAAGAUUCGCGCAACCAAGGAACUCGAGACAGGCAAGAAGUCGUGGCAAGAGUUCAACACCAAGUCUAAGUUUGCCAAAGCCACUAAGAACAAGAAGGACAGCAUGUUCCGGACUCCAGAAGGCGCGCACGGCAGAGUUGGAUUUAUUGGGUCUGGUCAGACCAUGCGCAAAGAUCCCACGAGAAGCCGUCACAUUUACCAGAACAACGACGACAUGGACUAA